GAACAAGUGUUUACACGCAGUCUCCGUUAUAUUUAAUCACAACAGGACGCAGUUUGAUCGCAGAACAGUCACUACUUAUAUUCACAGGAACACAGGAGUAGUGUCACGUCCUGUCGUCAUGACAUUGACAGUAAAUGUUUCCUCCCACCCGCUUUCUUAACUUACUGUAACUUGACAACGCCUUCAGACGUCAGCUGCACCGAAACUUGGAGGACUCGUAGGUUUACUCACCUGGCUGGCUGUGAGAGGACGAGCAGAGACAGAAGAAACGAAUAAAGGAAUCUCCCACGAGCUGUCAGCUGUCUAACCAUGUGAACUCUUGACCUGUUGUUGUUUUAGAGGAGUUGUUGGUAUUUUGAACGCAUCUGAGACGUUUACGGCCCCGCGGUCGCUGCAGUUUCAUUAUUAAAAAGUUAUAGUAGGCACUUCCGGAUUGGGACUUCAGCCAGGCUUACAAACAGAACUCCCAUUUGGCUCUGGGAAACCAGCAAACCAGCAUGGACAUUGAGCUGCAGCCCAUCAACAGGAAUGGGAACGAUGAAGCAGCAUAUCUGUCUAAUGAUCGGGUGACAGCAGGUAAUGGAGAUGGUGUGCCCUACAGGGUCCCUGAUGCAACAGAGAGAGAUGGGUUGCUUUCUGUACAGACUACUGGUUGUAAUGGGGACACGGUGCCCUCCGGCCAUGCAGCAGAAGCUCAAAGGAAUCAGGGAAAUACAUACACUCCUCGAGAGAUAAGUGCCGUGUGCAGGGUAAAGAGAGAGCUGCAUGAGGUCAUCUUCUGGAAAGUCAGACUAUGGAUGGUCAUCAUCUUCAUCUUCCUCCUCAUCAUUGCUGUGAUUCUAAUUUCGCUGGCCGUGUGCUCAGUGAUCCAUGAGGACGUGGAUGAGAACUUUGACCGUUCGUUGUUUAAAGUUCCUCAAUAUUUCAAUGGGAGCUUCCAACUGCCCAACCUGGUCUUCACAGAGGAACUUUCCACCCUCUCCUCCAAUGAAAGCCAAGCACUUGCUGCUGAACUUCAAGAAAAGCUCACAGACCUCUACAGACUCUCCCCUGCUCUUGGACGAUACUUCUCCCAAGCGGAGAUCUAUGCUUUCAGGAAUGGUUCAGUCAUCGCUGACUACCAGCUGACAUUUCUCAUGCCUGAAGAGCAGCAGGAUCAGCUGAGAAACAUAACUGUGAGCAGGGAGAUGGUGUACAACGUGUUGAGACAGUUUCUAUAUGACCAAGAGCAAGAUGAGUCAGGGCCGAUUUACAUCGAUCCAGUUUCCCUAAACAUGUUUUUAAGACACUAGGAAAACAAGACCAGACAGGAAAACUGGUGUAUCUUGCUUUCUGUGUCAUUUAAGUGUGACACUCAGCAAACACUAAACCCCCUACAGUAAGGUAGUUGUUUGUGUCAGACUUCCGUGUGAUUCUCCCAUGAGUCUGUAGAAAUAUUGCAUAUGAUGCAUCUUUACCACAGCAACCUACAUGGCCACAGUCACACAAACCCAUUAUGGCUGUAGGUCAUAUGGAUGAUCUCAUUGUGUGUUCUGUUUAAUAGGCUUUUAAGAUUGUUCUUAAUUCAAAUCAAUCAACAGUGCAUGACCUCUCCAACCCGAUAGCAUGCGAAAGCGUGUAAUAGACCUGCCUGUCCACCGGAGGAUGGUGUCUCAGUGUCAUGUUUUGCCUCGCUGAGGCAUGAAUAUUACACGUGUGUAUGAAAAUGUAGUACCAGCUGGGAGCAACAAAACCACUGAGUUAGGUUAAAGCUUCAGUAGACAAACAUUUUUUGGCAUCAUUGGGCGAAAAUUCCAUAAUAACCUUU